AUUGUCAAGCUGCUCCUAGAGAAGGAGGCGGACGUCAAGGCGCAGGGCGGCUUUUACGGCAACGCUCUGCAGGCCGCCUCAGCUAGAGGCCACGCCGAGAUUGUCAGGCUUCUCAUAGAGGAUGGAGCAAAUGCCAAUCACCCAGAUCCAUUGGGCCGUACUUCUCUCUUUCUUUCCUCCUGGUUUGGACACCUAGGAGUCGUCCGCACUCUACUUAGCAAUCGUGGUACUGAUUACAACGCUACAGACUGGCGCGGCUCAACAGCAUUCCAUGCGGCGGUAAGGCACGGCAAUUCGCGGGUCGUUUCUCUAUUGCUAUCAACUGGA